CAACUGAACGGAGUUAUCUGUGCUAUUCUAAAGAUAGCCCGCCUUUCUGUUGGCAUUCUGUCUCGUCACCACAUCUUCCUUCUUCUGACUACACACCUGCGCUCAAGAAAAUAAUUCUUCCGCCCAUUUCAGGCUUGUCUUCGGCUCCCAUUGGUCCCGGGCGGGGCCUAUGCUAGGGUUACGUCACGGCUGCCCCUGCAGUGUGAAUGAAUCAAGCAGCUUGUAUGAUCCACACCAAAAGAGCACGGCGAAAUCCUGCGUGCACGGACAAUAUUCCAGGAUUAUAAAACAUAUCGGACUUUAACGGGACAGCUAGUUUUACAGAAGGGUCAAUACCCGCUAUUUCUUUGAGAUAUUCAACAUUUUCUUACUUAAUUGACGGGAGCUUCAGUCUACCGUGUUGAGCGUGUAUAUGUGUGUGUUUACUCCCCGAUUUGGAUCACAAUGAUGCAAAGUGCGGCUGUUCUACCAACAGAGAGUCCUGUGAAGGGUCUACCGGAGAUACUCGGAGUGCCAAUGCAACAAAUUCCCCAGUGUGCGGGCUGUAGUCAACACAUCCUAGACAAGUUCAUCCUGAAGGUGCUGGACCGCCACUGGCACUCCAAGUGCCUCAAGUGCGCGGACUGCCAAGCGUUGCUGGCAGACAAGUGUUUCUCGCGGGCGGGAAAUGUUUACUGCAAAGAGGACUUCUUCAAGCGAUUCGGAACAAAGUGUGCAUCGUGCCAACAGGGCAUCCCUCCGACACAGGUGGUGCGGAAGGCCCAGGACUUUGUGUACCACCUGCACUGCUUCGCCUGCGUCAUGUGUAGUCGACAGCUUGCCACUGGGGAUGAGUUCUACCUCAUGGAAGAUGGCCGGCUGGUAUGCAAGGAGGACUAUGAGACAGCCAAACAGAACGAUGAUUCAGAGGCAGGUGCAAAGCGGCCACGGACCACCAUCACAGCCAAACAGCUGGAGACCCUUAAAAUUGCCUACAAGAAUUCCCCGAAGCCAGCACGUCACGUCCGCGAGCAGCUCUCCUCAGAGACGGGGCUGGACAUGAGAGUAGUGCAGGUAUGGUUCCAGAACCGUCGAGCAAAAGAGAAGCGCCUGAAGAAGGACGCAGGGCGGCACCGCUGGGGUCAGUUCUACAAAAGUGUCAAGCGUAACCGAGGCAGCAACAAGACCGAGAAGGAGAGUUCGGCAGAUGACGCGGGGCUGAGUGACAGUGAGCUCAGCUUCCGAGAGGACCAGAUCCUGUCAGACCUAAGCCACACCAAUGGCCUGUAUGGGAGUGUGGGUGAUGUGGCCAGUGGGGGCCUGUUAAACGGAGGCUUCUCUCUGGACGCUGCUGGACAGCCCUAUCAUGACAUUCGGGCAGGAAGUCCUUACGGCCUUCCUCAGUCACCCUCGUCCACCGCCUCGCUGCCGGGCCACACUCCGCUGCUCAACAACCUGGGCUUCACCAUGGAAAGCAUCAUGGUUCAAGGGGGGCAAGGUGGUGUGGGACAGGCUCUCAGAGCCAUGGCAGGAGGUCCCACCUCUGACCUCUCGACGGGGAGCAGCACGGGCUACCCAGACUUCCCCACCAGCCCUGCCUCGUGGCUGGAUGAGAUGGACCACUCCCAGUUCUGAGCUCCACCCAUGAACAAGGCAGAUUGACUGGGGAUAAGGGACAGAUGAAGCAGGCUUUUUACAUUUCUAUUACCCUUAAACUGAUAUUGUUUGUUGUUCAACAAUGGAUGUAGAAGUGGUAGGCAAACCACACUUCAACCGACGUCCUCUGAGUUAAGAACAUGGCGGGACGAACCACAAAAUGGAAUGGACGAUACACUACUGAAUGUUAAAAUUACACUGUAUUAUAAGGUCAAUUGUUUUUUUUAUGGGCUGAUCCCCCCCCCCCCCCAUUAUUUCAAAUACCUGGAUUUGAAAUUUCCAGCAUGUGUUGUGCAUUGGGAUGGUGUUUGUCGUUCAACCCCAAGGCAAGCGUGUACCGUCAUCAGCAAUGUGAGGGCCACAAUCUACAAGGAAUCCCUAAAAAGAAGCUUCCUGCAUGCUUCAGAAUGAGGAGGAUCACUGUUCAUAUCGAAGCCUUUUACAUUAGCAAUGCACUUUACAAACUUCUUUUGUACAUGGACAGCAACAAACGGAAGAGAAAUUAAUGCACAAUGUGACUGAGCAGCGUUUCAUUAUUCGAAAAAAUCAUUUAAUACAGUGGCACAAGUCUAACUUUCCAAUGCUAAGGUUUUUGAUGUAAAGCUGAAACUAACAGCACUGAGUUUUUAGGAAUUAAUGUGCAGGUCUCGCAGAUAAGUCUGGGUCCAUGAGGGGAAAGUUGCUUGCUACAAACCCAUUCUCCUCUGUAAUAUACAGUAGGUGCUUGACUAGUUUGCCACUUUGAAUUAAUUCUAGUCCUGGAUGUUCACUUUAUUCAGUGUUUGUUUUACUGUUGUUCAAACUCCCAGGAUAUGUUCUCUGCAAGACGUCACUGUAAUCUAAUGACAUAAGGGUACAGACAUGUAAAGGCAAACCAACAACAAUAUCUUUUUGAAAACGUUUUUGAUAUAUUAUUUUAUUGGUGUAGCUGACAACAUGGGGAAACUGGUUUUCAUUUUGCCAGAUACAAGAACGGAACAAUGGUUUCAUUAAUACAGCAUAUGUAUUUACCAACCUAAUCUUGGCUGAGGAACAUCCACUGUUAAUGCCGAAAAGUCCGAACAGCCCUCCUGGCUCCAGUAGCUUUGACUGCUUAGAAGCUAAUUUUCUCUGUAAACAGCUGUAGUAUUUCUCCUCAAAGUCAAUACAUGCAAAAGGGAUUAUCAAACAUAAUACUUAGAGCCAGUGUAAAGAAGAUGAUGGCCUGGUUGUCAUGGUAUCAGAAUAUGUUGUCGUCUCGUGUUUCGUACGUCUUGUUGUGUGUCUUAGGACCCCCACUGGGUAAGAUGAGAGGUUUUACAAAAUCUCAGUCUUGUCUGAUGGUGUUGGUUUCAAGAAGUUCAUGUCGUGUCUAAAGACUUACCACCAGAAUAGGUGGAGGCUUACAGGGGGGCACUUCCUUAAAGAACAAACAUUUGGCAAAUGUCGAUCGAGGAUGCCAUAAAAUAAACCGAGAUCACAAACUUGAGAUGCUGGCCGAACAACAGAAAAAUAUCUGUAAAAUAAUUCUCAAAAUCUCAAUGGCUGUCAAUUUAUAUUUAUUUUCAUAUUAUUUGCCAAAUGUCAAACCAGGUGAAAAGAGCAUACAUUAUGCCAACCAGAAAGAGAAACAACAAACAAAAAUAACGACACAUGCAAAUAAUAUACACAUACCAAUAUUGUUUUUGUUCAAUCUAUGUUGCCUCAGAACUCCUGCGUCUUAAUCGUUGUAAAUUUUGUACAGUUUCAAAAGGUAUUGAAAGUCUUGUUUCAUGAGCACUAUUUAUUGCCAUGUGUCUUUGAAAAAGAUGAAAAAGAGAGCACUGAAUCUAUUCAUAUAUGCCUUCUGUGCAAUGGUAUGAACUGUGUACAGUAAAAUCUAUAAGAGGAAAUAAAGCUGAAAUGUCUUUGGAUUAAAGUGGGUUUAUUUCUCC